CAGUCAUCAUCCCAGAGAUGCCCCGAUCCACCACCACCACCGACACCCAUUGAUGAGACGAGGCGGACGGUGGGCAACAAAUAGGACACACCGGCUAGUGCGCCAGCACAGUCUUGUCAGUCUAGCCUGCUGCUACUGCUACUGUGCUGGCUGACGCCGGCGGUGGGGCUUGGGCGUGAGCGGAUUGCGAGCUGCCACUGCCCGCUGCUGCGGUCGGCGACGACGAGAUGGACGCUCGGUGGGCGGUGCUGCUCGCGCUGCUGGUGGCGAGCGCCGGCGCGGGCGGCGCGCGCGCCGCGGGGGUGAAGGGCGCGAACUGGCUCGGCGGGCUGAGCCGCGCGUCGUUCCCCAAGGGGUUCGUGUUCGGGACGGCGACGUCGGCGUACCAGGUCGAGGGCGCCGCGUCCACCAACGGCCGGGGGCCCUCCAUCUGGGACGCAUUCGCGCACAUCCCAGGAAAAGUUGCGGGAAAUCAAAAUGGAGAUGUCGCAGUGGAUCAAUACCAUCGCUACAAGGAAGAUGUUGAUCUCAUGAAAAGUUUGAAUUUUGAUGCCUACCGAUUUUCAAUCUCAUGGUCCAGGAUCUUCCCAGAUGGCGAGGGAAGAGUCAACCCAGAAGGUGUAGCGUAUUACAACAAUCUGAUAAACUACCUGCUUCAGAAAGGCAUGACUCCUUACAUCAACCUUUACCACUACGAUCUACCUCUUGCACUCGAGCAGAAAUAUGGAGGGUGGUUAAGCUCAAAGAUGGCGGACCUCUUUACAGAGUAUGUUGACUUCUGUUUUAAGACCUAUGGCGAUCGUGUAAAGCACUGGUUUACAUUCAAUGAGCCAAGGAUAGUAGCACUGCUUGGUUAUGACGCAGGGUCAAAUCCUCCUCAAAGGUGCACCAAAUGUGCUGCCGGUGGCAAUUCAGCAACCGAACCUUAUAUUGUUGCGCAUAAUUUUCUCUUGGCACAUGCUGCUGCAGCUGCAAGAUACCGUACAAAGUACCAGGCUGCUCAGAAGGGUAAGAUUGGAAUAGUCCUGGACUUCAACUGGUAUGAACCUCUUACAAACUCAACUGACGACCAAGCAGCGGCUCAAAGAGCUAGGGACUUCCAUAUUGGUUGGUUUGUUGAUCCAUUGAUAAAUGGACAUUACCCACAGAUAAUGCAAGAUCUUGUGAAAGAGAGGCUGCCAAGGUUUACUCCUGAGCAAGCUAAAUUGGUCAAGGGCUCAGCAGACUAUAUUGGGAUCAAUCAAUACACAGCCAGCUACAUGAAGGGCCAGAAAUUGCUCCAGCAGACACCUACUAGCUACUCAGCUGAUUGGCAAGUUCAAUAUGUUUCACGAAAUGGCAAGCCAAUUGGACCACAGGCGAAUUCUAAUUGGCUUUACAUCGUCCCGUGGGGAAUGUACGGAUGUGUGAACUAUCUCAAGGAGAAGUACGGAAACCCAACUGUCUACAUAACCGAGAAUGGAAUGGAUCAACCUGGAAACCUGACCCGCGACCAGUACCUGCGCGAUGUGACAAGGGUGCGGUUCUACAAAAGCUACCUCGCCCAGCUGAAAAAAGCCAUAGAUCAGGGCGCAAACGUGGCUGGCUACUUCGCCUGGUCUCUCCUUGACAACUUCGAGUGGCUAUCAGGAUACUCUUCCAAGUUUGGCAUUGUCUACGUCGAUUUCAACAACAAGCUCGAACGGCACCCGAAGGCUUCAGCCUACUGGUUCAGGGACAUGCUUAAGAAGAAUUGAGGUUCCUAGAGGCGAAGCGCGAAGUUAACAUUUUUCUCUGCUUUGCCUAGUGUUUUGGAUGGCCCAAUGGUUCGAAUCCAGCUCAGUGCUAGGCUAUCAAAAUGGGAAUAAAAGAAGACGAACAGCCACUCCAAUUGAUUGUGCAUUCCGUUCCAUGUAAUGGUCAGAAAUGUUGUGACUUGUGAGUAUGUUUUCUGUGGAGUUCGAGCUGUGGUUAUUUAUCUUGUGGAUUCAACAUAUUUGAAAGAAUGCUUGAUCACGAGUGAUAUCUUGAUGAA